UAUUCCGAAUUCGAAAUGUCUGCAUCAAUCAUAAACGAGCCAAGGACUAGUACCUACUACGAGGAUGGCCUCUGCUCCAUUGCUAGUUCUUCUGGGAGCUACUUAAGCAGAGCCAUGGAAUGCUAUACCUUCUGUGAGGUGCACUCCCACAGUCACACAUCUGGAGAAGAAGGAAUAAGUGGUGGUAAACUGGUGAUGGCGGGUCGGCAACGAUUGCCGGCAGCAGCAGUGUCUGCUCUCCUGCUUCUGUGGAUAUUCAGCUGUGAUCAUGUGGAGGCAAGCAUUGAUUUUGCAAACAUGACUGCACUGGAAAAGCAUGUUGAAUUUUUUGACCGGGAUAAGGAUGGCAUUAUUACAGCUUCGGAGAUCUUUGAAGGAUAUGUUGCAAUUGGAUGUGAUGCUGCAUUUGCCAGAGCUUCAGCUGCAUCCAUUAGUGCCGGUGUUGGUCCUAUUACAAGCCCUGUUGAAGCACCACUGCCUCACUUAUCAAUAUACAUAGAGUAUAUCCAUAGAGCAAUGCAUGGAAGUGAUACAGGAGCAUAUGAUGCUAAAGGAAGGUUUGUUCCAGAAAAAUUUGAAGAAAUUUUCACGAAGCAUGCAAAGGUCAGACCAGAUGCGUUAACAUCCAUGGAGAUUGAGGAGAUGAUUCUAGCAAAUCGUGAUCCAUUAGACCCUCAGUCAUGGGGUGCACCUGAAGGGGAAUGGGGACUAAUAUACAAGCUUGCAAGUGAUAAGCAAGGAUUUCUUCACAAGGAUAGUGCAAGAGGUAUAUACGAUGGCAGUGUUUUCUACAUGUUGGAGGAACAGAGGACAUCUUCACGAAGUGAUAUGUGAUGAAGUUCAGCAUUCAGACACAACACAUUAUGUAUGAAAAGUAUGCAAAAUCCAAUAAUGUGUACUAGAACGUUAUACACAAUUUUUAAUAGUAUUUGAAACAAAAUUCGUUCACUGUGCAACGUUAGUUAUGUGAUGAAGUUCAGCUAGUUAUGUGAA